AUGAAUAUAACAAUUAAAGGAAGAGAACGAAUGGAAAAGUUAAUAGAAGGACCACCAACUCUAAACCCAGAAGAUAUACUUUAUGAUGAAAAGAAAGAUUUAUUAGGGUGUGGUUCAUUUGGAAAAGUAUAUAGAGGUAUAGUGGCUGGGUUACCGGUUGCAAUAAAAGUACCUAACAAGCAAGUACUAAGCGAAGAUGAAAAAGAGAAUUUUAUGAGAGAAGUUAGAGUGAUGAAAAAAGUGUUUCAUCCAAAUAUAGUAUUAUUCUUAGGAGCAUCAACUGAGAAGAAGAUUAUGAUUGUUAGUGAAUUAAUGGCAUGUGAUUUAGAAACAUUACUCUAUUGUCCAAGUAAAUUACCUGAAAGUUUAAAGAUAGAACUAACACCUGAAAUAAAAUUAAAGUUAUGUACAGAAAUGGCAUUGUCAGUUAAUUGGUUACAUAAUGUAGUAGGAAUGGUUCAUAGAGACUUAAAACCAGAAAAUUUCAUGGUAGAUAAUUAUAUGAAUAUCAAAGUAACUGACUUUGGAUUUACUGUAUUUCCAGCCGAUGUUAAACAAGAAGAAGGAUGGAAAGGAACACCUUAUUAUUUAGCAAAAGAAGUUGUACUUGAAAAUAAAGUAACAUUUUCAUGUGAUGUCUAUGCACUUGGAUUAAUUAUGUGGCAGACAUUUACACAAAAACAAUUAUUCCCAGAAUAUGAUGAUUUUGAUGAAUAUUCAGAGGAUGUCAUCUGUGGUACAAAAAGACCAGAAAUUGAUGAUUCUGUUCCAAAAUUAUUAGUAAAUUGUAUAAAUAGUAUGUGGGAUGGAGAUUAUACAAAAAGGCCUAACAUAAAAGAAGUACUUGAAACACUUCAUCACGUUUCUUUAGAAAGUGCAUUAAUAGAUGAUGAUGGACUAAAAUUUUGGAAAAAACAUUUUUAUAACAAUAAAACAGGAGGAUUAAGACUAGAAGUUGAAAAACAACUCUUCUUUAAAGAACUUGGAAAAGAGCUAAAUGUGAAAAUUAGUAAUGAUAGUUGUCUUUAUCAAUUAUUUGAUGAAAAAAUAAUAACACCAACUACAUUUCAAAAGUCUAUUGAUUUUUAUGGAAAGUACUUUAAACAUACAUCUAUCUUUAAUGAAUUAGUUGAUUUAACAAAUGCUAGUUGGUACGCCUUUGAUAUUACCCGUGAAAUUGCUGCUUCUUGGCUUGACAAAAGACAAAAUGGAUGUUUUUUGGUUAGGCUCUCUUCUAAAACUGUUGAACAUCCUUUUGUCAUCUCAUAUAUUCUUAAAAAUGAAAUUAAACAUAAUCGAGUUACUAGAAUAACUACUAAAAAUGUUUCUAACAGAUAUUCUACUAAAAACAUUAUCAAUGGCACUGAAAUUGUUGCAAAAACUAUAACUGAAAUUAUAAAUAAAUGCAUUGACGCUGGCAUGUUUAGCACAAUUUGUCCUCAUGAAAAGGUUCAAGCUGAUACAUACUCUUAA